GUACAAAAAUCGAUCAAAAUCCAACAUAAAUCCACUUAAUAACAAUUCUGAACAAAGUGUUAAUGAGCCUUUCGAAUCUUCUGAAUAUACCACCAAAGAAGACAAUAUUUUAGGUAGUAGUAACAAGAUUAAACAUAACGGAGAUAGCAACUGA